AUGUCUCUCGAACCUCCCACCUACCUGGCCUCGUUGCAGAACAACAUCCGCCAGCGGCCAAUCCCCUGGGAUGGCGCUGUUAGAGCAGGCACCAUCACGGAGGACCACCUGGCCCGCAUCCGCGCUGUCGACAAGGCGAAGAAGCCCGAGGCUAGAAAGGAAAUCGUAGAAGGAGAUCUUGACGGCUACCGCUCCCUCUUUGUUGGCGAAUCUGGAAAGCCCUCAGUGCUCGAGUCCGCGGGCAAGCAGGCCAAUGUCGUCCAGUAUAUUCUCGUCCUCUUGGCCGACCUCUUGCCCAGUAUGUUCUUUACCAUCCACCUAACCCGACAAAUUGCUUUGGCUAGAGUCUCCCUACCCUACCCUACCCUAGUCUGCGAAGAGAUUGACAUACUUCGACGAUCCCUUCAUACACCUCAACUCCCGCUGAUGCUGUUGUCUUUCUCAAUAGGUGUACCGUCACUCUCAAAGGCUAUUUUCAAAAAUACCGACCCCUACAAGCACUUUGUACCUUUACUCGCUCACUCGAACAAUACCGAGGACCCCAUCCCAUUGCUGACAUCGACGGCUCUAACUAAGCUCAUGUCGCUCUCGUUGGACGAAUCGCAGGCGACCCGAAACGCCAUCCCGGUGCUCCUUUCAUACCUGUCUGGCCUCGCAAAGAGUUCUGAUGCAGGUCUUCAGGACAUUGCGGUCCAGGAGUACUCCUCCAUUCUCUACGGACACGCAGCGAGACAACAAUUCUGGAACCAGAGGAGCGAGACGAUUGCACCCCUGAUUGAUAUCCUCAGAACAGCAGCUGGCAUUGGCAGCAACGGCAGCUCUACAGCAAGCAUAUGGAGUGGCACCGCGCCCACAAGAAACUCUGGGUUUGAGGGUUCGCUCGGCGGCGGGGUUGGCUUGCAAUUGCUGUACCAUGUGCUGCUGGUUAUCUGGCAGAUGAGUUUCGAAGCUGAAGAUAUUGGCGACGAGCUGAAUGACGAGUACGAUAUCGUCCUGCUGUACACCCAGCUUUUGCGCCUCUCUCCGAAGGAGAAGACAACCCGAUUGGUUGUUUCAACCCUUUUCAACUUGCUCAGCAAGAACCAGAAAUCGCUCCUCCCUACCGCGGUUCUCGCGCGACUACCUGCGCUCCUUGACAACCUGAGCGGCCGCCACCUGACAGACCCUGAUCUGCUCGAGGAUGCACAAAGUCUCAAGGAACUUCUCGAGGAGUACACCAAAACAAAGACGACCUUUGAUGAAUACGUUGCCGAGGUCGAGUCUGGCCACCUCCGAUGGUCACCACCUCACAGAAGCCAGGUGUUCUGGGCCGAGAACGCGCGAAAGAUUCUGGAGCACGAGAAUGGAGCGAUUGCGCGCCAGCUCGCCGAGAUUAUGAAGAAGCCAUGGGAGAACGACAAGGCAGUCUUGGCUAUUGCAUGCAACGACGUCGGGGCCCUGGUCAAGGAGGUGCCUGAGAUGCGAUAUAAGCUGGAGAAGCUUGGUCUAAAGACCAGAGUUAUGGAGCUAAUGGGAGAAUCGGACGAGAAUGUCCGCUGGGAGAGUUUGAAGGCAUUGGGUGGCUGGUUGAAGUACAGCUUUGACAACUAA